ACGCGCGGCGCGCCCCCGGCGGCGGCUACGUGACGGCGCUCAGGUCCACAAUGAGCCCCGGGAGGCGGGGAGGCGGCGGGACCUGCCGGCGACAAGGCGCUGGGUGAGGCGCUGCCGCCUCCUCCUGCCGGGGACGCGACUCAGCGCGGCGGGGAGCCCCGGCGGCGAGGACCGCUCGGCAGCCGAGCCAGGGCCGGGCUGCGCCGGCGGGAUCGCAAAUGAAGUGCGAGAACUGCACCAAAAAGGAAUGCAGUAAAAAACAGAAAAAUGAUGAUACACAAAGUACGUCUGUCGAUGCAUUGAGUUCAAAUGAUGACUUUGAAGAGAAAAAUGAGUUUCAUACGUUGGCUAAUGCUAAAAUACUCCUUAGCGACUGCCUAGCUUGUGACAAUUGUAUGACAUCAGAAGAAGGAGCCAGAGUUUUCCAACAGAAUCAAAAGGAGCUCUUUCGUGUUCUUAACCUUAACAAGAAGUGUGAUACCUCAAAACACAAAGUGUUGGCAGUGUCUAUAUGCCCUCAGUCAUUGCCUUAUUUUGCUGCUAAAUUCAAUCUCUCUGUGAAUGAUGCAGCCAAGAGACUCUGUGGUUUCCUCAAAAGUCUCGGGGUGCAUUAUGUAUUUGACACCACUAUAGCUGCCGAUUUCAGUAUUCUGGAGAGCCAGAGGGAAUUUGUGCAGCGGUAUCAGCGGAGGAACCAGGAGGAGCAUGCCUUACCAAUGUUUGCCUCUGCCUGCCCUGGUUGGAUCCGGUAUGCUGAAAGGGUACUCACCAAUCUCGUGACCCCUCACAUUUGCACUGCGAAGUCCCCACAGCAGAUCAUGGGCUCUCUGGUAAAGGGCUACUUUGCCAGGCAGCAGAACUUGUCUCCUGAUAAAAUUUUCCAUGUAAUUGUGGCGCCUUGUUAUGACAAAAAACUGGAAGCCUUGCGGGAAGAUUUCUACACUGCCUUGUAUAAUUCGCAAGAAGUUGAUUGUGUUCUCACAUCAGGUGAAAUUGUCCACAUAAUGGAACAGAAAAAUGUGUCUAUGAAAGAUGUGACCGAAGUAGCUGUAGAUAGUUUGUUUGAUGGAAUCAAGGAGGGAGAUGUAGUACGGCAUGAUGGGAAGAGAUCCGAUGGUUACCUGGAGCACAUUUUUAAACAUGCUGCAAAGGAGCUUUUUGGCAUGGAUGUCAAAGAAAUCACCUACAAAGCAUUAAAGAACAAGGACUUUCAAGAAGUCACCCUGGAAAAGGAUGGUGAGACAGUGCUGCGUUUUGCAGCAGCUUAUGGCUUUAGAAAUAUCCAAAACAUGGUUCUGAAGUUGAAAAAAGGAAAGUUUUUAUACCAUUUUGUAGAAGUCCUCGCCUGCCCAGGAGGGUGCCUAAAUGGAAAAGGUCAGGCACAAACUGAAGAUGGGAAACCAGAUAAAGCACUGCUUAACCAGAUGGAAGAAAUGUAUGCUGCAAUACCCGUGAGACUUCCGGAAACCAACGUGCACGUAGAAAAGAUGUACCAGGACUGGCUGGAAGGCAUGGACUCUAAGAAGGUCCAGGAAACUUUGCACACCAAAUACAGCGCAGUAAAUCAAACAGCAAGCAAUCUGGAUAUCAAAUGGUAAUCAAUCAAACUUAGAAAAGAUUUGCUUAGGUUAGUUACCAAUUCAGCACUGGAAACAUUCUAUGCAAUCGCAGAUGCUAUGCACUAGCCGAGUGUAUGAAUGAGACGCUUCCUAAUUGUGAAGAAUCAUUGCUUUUUACAGAGAAGUCUCCGAAAUCCCUGGCUCCUGCCAUUGUCAUUUAACUUUUACCGUGUGUAGUCUCCUGCGUAUAAUGGAUUUCUUUAAUCAAAAAUGUGAUCUUGCAAGGUACAUAAGCACUUUCUGCCAGGUGCAGGGAGUAAUUCCUGAUGAAGCUACUCCCUGAAGUGAAGGGUCCCCUUCACAAAACAGGCUCCCCCAAGGUGGUGAGAUAUUUUGCUCCUAGGUCUGCAGUCCCUUAGUCAGGGGAGAACAGUCAUCAUGAAUUUCAGUAUUGUUGCAGUUGUUGUGAAAUAACUUGGGAUUUACUUGCCUCGUUAACAAAAAAACCCUUUACAGGGAUGAGUGUGUAUAUGGAGAAAUGUAAUGACUUUAUGUAUGCUUCUAUCCAUAUUUUAACAAACGUUAUUCAGUUCCAAACUAGUCACCAUUCCUUACUCGUGUAAUAUUUUGUAAAGAACAGGAUGCUUCAUAUAAACUGAACUUGGGAAACUAAUGCUAAAUGGUUAUAAUGCAAUCCAUCAUUAAAAAUAGUUGCGGAUGGGUUCGUUGGUACAAAAUGAGAACUUAUCUUUCCUUUUAAGUUUUCUUAGAAACUUGCAGCUAGGAAGAGUGGUGCUGCUUGCUUUGUCUGGCUUCUGUGUGAGAGCGAAACCUGCAUCCGUGACAUCACACGAGCACGUGUGUGCUGCAACCUUGUUAGAUUUGCUGAGCCAGACUUAGGGCACUUUUAUUCUCUCGUGUUUCGGUACACAGAAUACUACAUUGUUCUUUCAUUGAUCUCCAUGUUGACAAACUUCUGUAAAAAUAACUCCAUGGAGUGCCUCUGAGAAAAGUAUUUAGCAAUGCUUGUGAGCUUAUCUAAGUUACUAUACAUUGGCAUCAUGAAUUUUGGUGCGUUUAUUUUUUUUUGAGUAUGCUGUAGAGGCUUCACUUAACAGGCAUCUUAAAGCGGUAAUUGCCUUCAUGAGUUGUCAGAGGGUUAUUCAAGAAUGUGAUGGACAAAAAAAAUGCAAAGUACUGCCAAACUUCUUCAUGUUUUUCCUAGUAGCAUCAGAUUUGUUCACGAUUAAUAGCUGUUCAAAGCUAGCGAAGUUUCAGCUUUCCUUUUCCAGUCUGAAGGUGUGGAUGGGCUUUUUUAAAUCAUUUCAGGCAGUUUGAAUGAAUCUUCCUAUAAAUUUCUUGAUAUUACAACUGCUUGUAUGAGUAAGAUCUAAUACUUGCAAAAACCUGUGUGUAUUUGAAAUACGCCUUGAACUUGAACACAGUGGGUGGGAUAACAUCAUCAGUGAAGUCGGUGCAAGUUCUUGCACUGGCUGAACAACAGAGGCUCAAAAGGAGAGGGACAGACUCGAGUAUGUUAGCCUGAUGACAAGAGAGAGUUCUCUUCAUGUGGACCACUUUAAUUGGACCUCCACCUAAAUAACAAAACACUUCGAGGGAUGUUUUCUUUCAAGUGUAAAUGAAUUUGAUUACUGUGCUACUUAAAUGCACACAAUGAGAUUGUACCCAUAAAUUAGCCUUUUGUAAGUUGUUCCUUGUUGUAAUUAAAACAUUAUGCUUACAUGGUGCAAUAUCAGAACAUCUACAGAAAUCUACCUCUGUACAGGAAGGGAGUCCAGAAAUCAUGGGAAGACCUAUGUAUAACUGAAACUUUAAUAAGUAUCCGCUACAGAAAGGUGGUGGUGUUGCAUGAAAUUUCUGAAGAGAUCACUUUUAGAAGCAACAUCCAACUCCUUUGGUUUGCUUUUCUUUAUCUGUCAUGAUUUCCACAAAAAAAAACAGAAUUACCUUGUAAUAAAGUGGUCUUGUUCUGUUUGUAUAGGCAUAUGUUUCUAUGUAUAUAUGGUUUAUAGCUUUGAUGGCAUGUUUAAAUUAUAUUGUGUCUGUUCUUUGUAUAGUAUGCUUAUUUUUUUUUAAUGUGCAUAAACGGGAUGAAAUGGUACAAAAAAACAAUUGUUUGCUUUUCUGAUGAAGACUUCACUAAACUACACAAGAGCUGCCUCGCUAUUCUGAAAGGACACCCUGGAACUGGUUGUGCAACUUGACAGAUGCUCAUCUAGCGCAGGUGGCACUGCUAUACAUGUUGUCUCUUGUGGUGACGCCUGCCUGUCGCACUGCGGAGCCUCGGUCCCCACACGGGGGGACCCCAGGAAUGGGCCAGUAGGUGAAAUCAAUCUGUCUAUGCUGUAGUGUGCUCCCACUACGUGGGGAAUUGGUGGCUCAGUGCAUAAAAUAAACUACGUCAGCCGAAUCCACCAUUUCUUCCAUCUGCUCAAGUGUUUUAACCUAUUGAGAUAGUAGCAAUGUAAAAAUCUAGUAGAUUAUUUGUCUGCUACAGUAUUCUUUUUAAAGAUGAGGAAGGCAUCUAGCUGGGCAGCUUUUAGUGGCUAGGUGGAAUGUAUGUAUUAUAACUAGUGAUUUACAGUGAGUGAUACUUGUCUGGGUUUUUUUUGGUCAGCUUUUGUUUUAUAAGACUUUUUGGAGUUAAAAAGAUUUAAAGUUUUUAAAGCCCUUUUCUUUAAAGUGCCAGUUUAAAAGCAAAAGAAGGGUUUUUUUCCUUAACUAUAAUAAGUCAUUCCCCCUUCACCUUCUCUCACUGAAAUGUUAACAUAUAUCAGAAAACCUUAUUGCAGCUUCAUCUAUAGUUAAAUACUUGCCUAAGAUUUGAUUCUUUUAAACCUACAGUUGGGAAGUCUGUCAUUGUUGACAAUACGUGUUUAUAGCCACGCUUUCUGAAACUACAGCAUUAUUUAGUUCCCUGAUAUGAUUUUGGCAACUAAUAAUUUUCAUUGCUACUGCCUUUUCAGCAAUGGGAGAUGUUCCUGGGGUAGUCACAGCCAUAGGGCUUUACUUCUCAGUUGAAUGUUGUGCUGAGACAAUCUUGUCUCCAGAUGUUUUUAGAAAAGAUGAAAUUGGAGGGAUUGAAGGGAAAGUAACUGGAAAACCUAAAUUAAUUUGGAAAUAUCCUCGGGGUACUAUUGACCUGAGUAUAUCAAGUGCUUAGAUACCUUGGCUUAUGGUACUUCUGAGACUGCAACAACAAGGGAUACGCAUUGUGAAGAACUUCUGCUAUGUCUUCUCCAGCACCUUGUGUUUGCCCUCUAUAACAAAUGGACAUGGCAGAUGUGGGCUGUGCUAUCACGUAGAAUAAUGGAUAUAUCUGUAUGCAGCAGUCUCAACUGGAUUAUAUUUGGAUAAUGUGCAGUUACCUAAAUUUUGGUGCUUUGUAUUCAAAUGGAGCAUGACCAUGAAUUGUCCUAAAUAAAUCUUGAUACCAAAUUA